CUUAAACGCGAAUACAAUAAAUCAAACAAUUUGAGACGCAUCAUACGUUAAAAAUCUAUUAACCAGCGGUCUUCCGGUUCAGAUUGAGAAAUUUGACUACUUUAGUUUGGUUUGAUUUGGUUCAAACUUUUUUCCGACCCGUGAAGAAAAAGAAAAUCCUCACGCGCCGGUAAGUCGGUUUCACGAACAAAGAGGCCUGAGUAUAAAAAAACAAAUCGGACGCUUCGAGUUUUUCUUGAGGAAGAAUCCACACACACACAGAAGAAGAAUCUCAUCACGAAUUUUAGCUAUGGGUUGGAUCUGGAUUGACGAUUCAUCCGCCUCUAAAGCCGGUGCUGAUCUCACCGAUAAACCGCUCGGAGAUUCUGCCGCCGCCGCCGAAAAUUGCUCCACGACCACGGUGGUAAGAUCUCAGUGCAAGACGGAGGAGGUCGAGCCUGGAAAGUUCGUCAGGAAAUGCGACAAAACAGAAGAAAUCCUCCGCCACUGUUUUGGGAAGUGAGUGUUUCGGAUAUUUUCUCGCUUUUGAUCAUAACCCUAAUUAAGCAAAAGAUAAGCUUUUAGAUUUUGAAUUACAUGUGGAAAACAAAUCUCCAGGGUUUAUAGAUCAAAUAGAUGAAGUGUGUUUGUUUUGAGCUCUGAGUUAAAAAAUUUUGACGUUUUUGUGGUUAUGUAAAAGCUAAAAGCCAAUAGUUAAAGAUUGACUCUAAAUUUGUGUUUCUGAUGCUAAGCUUACUAAUAUGAAUUGCAGAAAGAUAGUUGUGUUUAUGCACUGGAAUGGUUACAUUGCUUACUUCUUGUGGUUUGAUGUUGUUUUCUUCGAAAGGACUCUCUAUCACUGAACCAUUAUGGCCCUCUGAAGUCGUUCAAUCCAACACAGAGCACACAGAAGAGGAUGUGACAGACCAGAUGGUGGGAAGAUCCGCUCUUCCGAAUCAGUUUGAGGAUAAAAACCCGCUAAACUUCCCGGGACUCCGCAGAGAUGUAGACGCCAUCGAACGCCAUUUCUUGAGCGGAAUGAAGAGUUUCUUUGAUGCGGCUGAAGAGAUGACAAGCAGCUUAUUUGAUAUCAUGGGAGACCAUCACCCAAGCACCAGGAGAGGAGGGAUACCCAUUGAAAACCAUCCCAAGGUAGAGGAGCACCGCAAUGACGAAACUGCCCCUACACGACCACACUCCUCUGGCGAGAUUGAUCUCUCGGGCUUGGCCAAGGACGUUUGAGAAAGGUCGUCUGCUUCUUCUUCUUCUUCUUUUUUUUUUUCACAAAGGUCGUCUUGUUCUAGCUUUUGGCAUAUAUAAUCUUAAAAAUGUAAUGUGACUUUCUAAGAAGCGUGGGGAUUGUAGUCUAAUGUUAGCGGCUUGCACGUUUUUCCGAGUGGGUGCUACUACUAUCUAUCAAUAUCAUCAUACUACUAUAUUACUAUGUGUUAUGCUUGUGUCUUUUAUUAUCACUUUGUCUUAAAAGUUAUUUUACAUUUUUAAACAUGUUACCUUAUACAAUUCGUACCUUUCAUUAAAUGGUAAUAAAAUAAUAAUGGUCAAAGUAGAGUGA